CCGUCUCCCGGGAGCCGCUAUGCAUGGUGCAGCUCAUGGGGAGUGCCAUGUUGUCAGGAGAGGAGAUCCUAUGCAGUACACGCCAGGUGAUUGCAGGGCUGGAGGCCUUACGUGGGGAGAAUCAAAACCUCCUGGACAGCCUGCAGGAAGCACUGCAGAACCGACCGUCCACUGAGACUGGUGUGGAGCAUGAGAAGAGAGGCAUUAUCCAGGAGUCCCUGGAGAGAAUUGAGCUGGGCCUGAGUGAAGCACAGGUGAUGAUGGCUUUGUCAGCACACCUGGGGUCCCUGGAGGCGGAGAAGCAGAAGCUGCGGGCACAGGUGCGCCGACUGUGCCAGGAGAAUCAGUGGCUGCGUGAUGAGUUGGCAGGCACCCAGCAGCGGCUGCAGGAGCGCGAGCAAGAGGUGGUCACGCUGGAGGAGCAGAAUCGCCACCUGCAGUUUAUGAGCAGCAUCCGGAAGUACGAUCAGGAGGAGCCUGCGCUGGAUGACAAAGACACUGCCUCUGCUAAGGAAUCCCUGGAUGACCUGUUUCCCACUGAUGAAGAAGAGCAGUCGCAGAUGUCCCAACCACACAGUAGCGCUGCUGCAGCUGCCCAGCAAGGAGGUUAUGAGAUACCUGCUCGGUUGCGGACCCUGCACAACCUGGUGAUUCAGUACGCAUCACAAGGCCGCUACGAGGUGGCUGUGCCCCUGUGUAAACAGGCCCUGGAGGACCUUGAGAAAUCUUCUGGUCACAGCCACCCUGACGUGGCCACCAUGCUCAACAUCUUGGCCCUGGUUUACAGGGACCAGAACAAAUACAAAGAAGCGGCCAGCCUGCUGAAUGAUGCCCUGGCUAUACGAGAGAAGACCCUGGGUGUGGACCACCCUGCGGUGGCAGCCACACUCAAUAACCUCGCUGUGUUGUAUGGCAAAAGGGGCAAAUACAAGGAGGCUGAGCCACUGUGUAAGAGGGCUCUGGAGAUUCGAGAGAAGGUGCUGGGAAUGGACCACCCAGAUGUGGCAAAGCAGCUGAACAACCUAGCACUGCUUUGUCAAAACCAGGGCAAGUACCAGGAAGUGGAGCAGUACUACGAACGUGCCCUGCACAUCUAUCAGAGCCGUCUUGGCCCUGAUGAUGCUAACGUGGCAAAAACCAAGAACAACCUGGCUUCCUGUUAUUUGAAGCAAGGGAAGUACAGACAGGCAGAAGCUCUUUACAAGGAAAUUCUGACUCGGGCCCAUGAGAAGGAGUUUGGAUCUGUUGAAGGUGAUGGGCGGCCAAUGUGGAUCACCACAGAGGAAGGAAGUUCCCGACAGGAUGGACUAGGCAGCCUGAAGCGCAGUGGCUCAUUUACAAAGCUUAGGGAGUCUAUCCGGAGGAGCAGCGAAAAGCUGGUACGGAAACUGAAGGGAGUGGGAGCGCAGGACAGCACCCCCCGAACUCCAGGGAUGAAAAGGGCCAACUCCCUUAAUGUGUUAAAUGUUGGAGUGCGAGAGAGCCAGGACACAGCCCAGAACCUCAGCAGUCUGACGGAGUCUCGUGGGCUUAGCUCCAGUACACAGAUUUUGGCACGUCGAGGGUCUCUGGGUGGAACCAGCUAACACAGCUUCACCUCUGAUCUCUGACCGCUAAGCACUUCCUUCUUAAAGCUUACUCAUUCCGUAGCACUGUGGCUGCCCUCCUGGAUUGUUCCCACAAGCCUGCUAGUUCUGCAGAACUCUGGAGGUUUUAGGAUAAGUUCUGCUUUUUCCUUUAUGUCUCCAAGAUGCAAGAAUAGGAAGACACCUUGAUGGGCAAGUCGCGUAAACUUGUCCAUUCUAAUGGAAAAUGGAAUUCUAACAAGUGUUGUUGAGCCUAUGGGGUGUCAUCACUGGAGAGAAGGAAGACUUGGUCUGAAGCUUGCACUUGCUCAUCAUUAGCUAGUCCUUCACUUUGCCCCCAUUAAUCAUGCCUGUGGUUUACUUACAAUGGCAAAAAGGGAUUAGGACACUUGUAAUGGAAAGGCGGUGUGCAGUUCAACAUUAACCAGAGACCUUUUCUUAUUUUGUUUGUCCUGCCUUAUUUUUAUUUGGAAGCAAGAUGACAGGCCUUUGUUUUAUAGCUAGUUUUUCAGAUUUAUUUGUCAAAGGCCAAGGGCCAUCAGUUUUGAUUUUAAUCCGUUGCAGGGGGAUGUGAUAAUGGGACCAAAGUAAACAAUUAAUUACCAUCCCCUAAUAACAUAUCAGGGAAAGUAGCUGGAAAACGAGUCAGGGUGGUUUGAAGGGAACACAAUCAGCAGUUAAACUGGGAGGUUGAAGUGGAUUCUGUGUACCUGUUAAACUAUUCCUUUACAAAAUUUAAUUUUACGGCCUUACAUAUAAAUAUAUAGGUUAUUACAGUAAAAUGUAAUCAGAAUUGCUUUGGGUAUCAGAAAUACCCAUGGGAUUGACAUUUUUACUUUUAAUAUUUAUUUAUAGCAGGGCUUUCAUGGCCAUUUUCUUGUUUUAACACUGUCAUUUUAUUUAAAAUGUGGCACAUAUUUUGUCACCAAAAGGUACCAGUUAAAAAUGUGACAUUUUUAGAUCAUUAUACAAUACAUUUCAUGUUAAUAUAGCUUGAUAGAGGCAUACAGUUUUUCCCCUUUAAGAUUUCAUAUGACAGAAGAAAAAUCUUUUCACCAGGAAUGGAAUAUCACUGUUGUAUGGUUUCAAGGUUAUUAUUACUCCAGUAAAACUGCAGGUGAAUGUUCCAUUCUGCGUUCACCUUGUGAAAUCUGAGUAAUGUUUUAUGUUAUUGUGGAUGUUUUACUAAAAUUGUAAGCUACAACAGAACAUUAUGCAGGU